GGAAGAGUAGAAGAAAAACACCGGUAACCGGUCCAACUCGAUCUCAGUCCAGAAAGACCAGCCGCGCUCAGGCACGAGGUACUGUCUGCGCGGCUGUAGUUAGGUAGCCUACAGUUCUCCGUUUACUUUAGAACGGCUGUCCCCCGCGCAGCUGUAGUUAGUUAUAGUAAACAUGGGUUCAGCGGCUCCGCUCUCUCUGCUGCUGCUGCUGAGCGCGGUGCUGCUGCUGCUGAGCAGCGUGUCCGGCAGCACAGCCCGCUACACCCCGGACUGGAAAAGCCUGGACGCCAGACCGCUCCCCUCCUGGUAUGACCAGUCCAAAUUCGGCAUUUUCAUCCACUGGGGGGUCUUCUCAGUACCGUCCUUCGGCAGCGAGUGGUUCUGGUGGUAUUGGAAGGGUCAGAAAAUUCCUGGGUACAUCUGGUUCGUGGAUAAAAACUAUCCUCCUGGAUUCGAGUACGCAGAGUUUGCCCCUGGUUUCAAGGCAGAGUUUUGGGAUCCAGAUGAAUGGGCUGAGAUCUUUGAAGCUUCUGGGGCGAAAUACAUUGUGUUUACUUCAAAACACCACGAAGGCUUCACCAACUGGGGAUCCCCAACUUCAUGGAACUGGAACUCUGUUGAUAACGGGCCUCACAGAGACAUCGUCGGAGAGUUGGCAACUGCUGUUCGUAAACGAAAGUCUGUGCACUUUGGACUCUACCACUCCCUGUUUGAAUGGUUUCACCCUCUUUACCUGAGCGACAAGGCCUCGAACUUCACAAAACAAGACUUUGUUUCCAGCAAAGUCAUGCCUGAGUUCUAUGAUCUGGUCACAAGGUACAAGCCAGAACUAAUAUGGUCUGAUGGCGAUUGGGAAGCCCCUGAUACUUACUGGAACUCCACAGAAUUCCUAGCUUGGCUCUACAAUGACAGUCCCGUCAAGGAUGUAAUUGUGGUCAAUGACCGGUGGGGACAGGGGUGCUACUGUAAACAUGGCGGUUACUACAACUGUGCUGACAAGUACACUCCGACUGAGCCACCCAAGCACAAAUGGGAGAAAUGUAAUUCAAUGGAUAAAUACUCCUGGGGUUAUCGGCGGAACAUGAAAUUCAGCGAUGUGUUGGAUUUACCUGCCAUUAUACAGGACUUCGUCUACACCGUGGCUCUUGGAGGGAAUUAUUUGCUCAACAUCGGGCCUGCAUCAGAUGGCAAGAUCCCAAUCGUGUUUGAAGAACGUCUCCGAUCCAUUGGUGCAUGGUUGAAAAUCAAUGGGGAGGCUAUUUAUGGCACCAAACCAUGGAGGCUCUCCACUGAGAAUGGCACUGUGCCCGUCUGGUACACUUCAACAGACUCUGCUGUGUAUGCCAUCUUUCUAACCAAUCCAGGGCAGUACUCUUUUCAACUCUUUACCCCUGUAACCUCGGAGAAAACCGUGGUGACACUAUUGGGCAUCCCUGACCCUCUAAAAUGGGCACCUCUGCAUUCAUCUGGCCUCGUCAUGCUUCUGCCAGAACUGCCCUACACUCCUGCCCAGGCGUGGGUCAUCAAAAUGCAAGGAGUAGCUUAGCACUGUGAUGACAUUUUUAAAUAUUAAUUUUGUGUAAGUGACCUUCGACAAUCAGGGAUUUUAUAUAGACGUGAAGAUUAAUGUGUAAUUUCUUGACUCAUCACUUUACUUGGCUCAUAAGGGAUUUAAUAAUUUGAAUGUAAUUUUUACAUUUUUUCCAGACAGCGCACAUUGUAAACCUGGCUAUGUGAAGCUGAAUAGCGCACUGUUGUUUAGUAGAUUAUAGAUUUUCUAAAAGUGGACACAGUUAGUUAAAAUAAACAUUAAAAAGUUGGUACUUUGUAUCAGUGACAAUGUGUGUCUUUGCUUUAGGGUGGACCAGGGAAUGAGAAAUUUAUUUUUUUACUUUUCCAGUUUUUUAUUGGACAUGCUGCCUUACUGUAUUUGUCCAUGCCACUUUUUACUGUUUUUUAAUGAUAUGCAUUUUAUAGUUAACCCUUGGGAAAAUAAAUGUUCCAAAUAUGGGUAUUAGGGUAUUAUUGCACUGUCACUAUCCUUGUUAAUUCUAUGUGUUUACAAAUCAAAUCUUUUUUUGCUGACAUUUUACAGAAUAGCACAUAAUAUUGCAAGACUGAAUGAAAUAUUCUAAACAUUGUAAAAAAAAAAAAAAAAAAAAAUCUGAAACUGUCACAAUAAACCAGAUUCUUUUUUGUCUCA